AUGCAAAAGCGAGUUGGUACCCAUGACGGACAAUUUCACAUCGACGAGACAACCGGCGUUGCAUUAUUACAACUGACCACUGAAUAUAACAAUCUCACUGUUUUUCGAUCCCGUGACAUGACACUUCUAUCUUCGUGUGAUUUGGUCCUAGACGUCGGUCGUGUAUACAACCACAAGCUUCGAAGGUACGACCACCACCAGCGAGGGUUUUCAGAGACCUGGGACGAGACUUCUGUGGUCAAAUUAAGUUCGAGUGGGUUGAUUCUCAAACACUACGGGAAAGAAGUCAUCAGUCAUAUUUCAUCGGAACCCUCAUUCGACCCAUUGAAGGAUGAUAAAGAGGUCGACUGGUUUCUGAAUAAGUGGUAUUACUUCUUCUUUGUUUCUAUAGAUGGCGAGGACAAUGGUAUUCCACAAACCGUGAACAGCCUUUAUUGCUUUGAAUUUGGAUCACUGCGGUCGACGAUAAGUACCAUGAACAGUUCGCGGUCAAAGGGUUUUUUCAAUGCGGUCAAAGUCGCGAGUUGUGCAUUGUUGGAUUCGUUCUAUCGGUUGUACUUCUCGUGGAGACCAACUGCUCAGAAGUAUCCACCCGAGUCAUUCAGUCAGAGUAUCAGAGUAAUUGAAGACGAUGAUGCUGAUUGGUGUACUUUAUGUGAAAUGGCGUCGAUGGGUAAAACUAAAAUAGUAGUCCGAAAAGAGGGCGACAAAUACUUUGCGCGACCUGCUAUAGAUCAGAAAGGGUGUGGACUCAAAUGGCCCAAAUUAUGGAGGGGACUCUAUGGGAGUAAAUUACAUUCAGUCGCUGGGAAUAAUACAGUUUAUUGCGACAAAAGUGGUGUGGAGUUGGUUCUGACCAACGUAGAUGACAUCAACACAUUUGAAAAGUAUUUGAUUGCAAAUACUUACUAA